AUGGACAACUGUUCCAAAGCACUUCUAGACAUGUUGUGGUCGCGGAAGUUCUUUUAUGAAACACCAGGACAUGCGGAGGGCAGCACUGUGACCAGGAAACAUGCUGAACCGGGGCAGGAACUGCGCAAGGAGGAGGCGAUGCUGCUGCUGUUGAAUGCAGCCCUGUGUGACCAGCUGAACCGUGUCAAGGUUGAAGCCUUGGCCCUUCAAUCAAUGAGUGAUUCUAGAAGAGGGGAUGAGAUGCUGUCUUCUCCAACUGCGCCUGAACAGCCAUAUGUCAUGUACGUACAUGUAGACAAUAAAGCAUCUGUCAACCCACCUACACUGGAGUGAAGCAUAGAGUCUGGGACAGAAGAAGAGGAGGAAGAGGAAGAAGAAUCAGAUUCCUAA